AGCUGCCUGGGCCUCCUGUGCCCGCUGCCCAGGGGACAAUAUAAAACAGGCCACAGUGGAUCUUCCCAUCCUAAUCAGCACAUGCCAGGAAGCAGCUUUCCAGACGCAGAGUGACCAUGCAGCGCCAAGUUUUCUUUGCUGCUGUGUUCCUGACCCUGCUGGUGUUUGCUUAUGCUGAGGAAGAGGAGACAAUCCUGAACCGGGUCCAAGACUAUGUGCAUCAGGCGGCCCGACAAGCCCACGACGCUCUGACCACUGUGCAGGAAUCUCAAGUGGCCAAGCAGGCCAAGGACUGGAUGACCGAUAGCUUCAGUUCCCUGCAGGGUUACUGGAGCACUUGGGCAGAGAAGCUCUCUGGCCUAUGGGAGAAAGCUGAUAAGCCGGUGACAGCAACUCCUUAAAGAGACACAUUUUGAAGACUCAACUCCAUCAUUUUGUGUAUCCAUCCGUCCAUGUUCCUCCCUCCCUGGAUCCUCCUAUCUCCAGGGCUUCCUGGACUCUUCCACUAUGUCUCAGAAAAAGCAUCUGCCCCCAGCCAAGCACUGCCCUCAGAAUAAAGCCAGAUGAGAAACA